AUGCAGACAGUGGUGUUCCUCUUCAUGAUGGGAUUAGUGGAUGUGAGCAUCGGCCAGCAUGACAGCCAGUUCCACUGGCUCUCCCAGUUACGAGGCCGGCGGCAGCACGCCCACCUGCAGGCUGAGGAUCCGGACUGCCCCUUAGAGUGCGACUGUCCCUCACGGUAUCCCACGGCAAUGUACUGUCACAACCGCAACCUCCAGCACGUGCCCUACGUGCCCUCGCACAUCAAGUACGUCUACCUGCAGCGCAACCAGAUCAGGGGCAUCCCGGAGGGGGUGUUCGACAACGCCACCAACUUGGUAUGGCUUGUUCUGUUCCACAACCGGCUCGACUCAGACAAGAUCGGCAAGAACGUUUUCAGUGAACUCAAGCACCUCGAGCGGCUCCUCUUGGAUUACAACGACCUCACCCACGUGCCUCCCAACCUGCCCAAGUCCAUCACAGACCUGCGACUUAGCCACAACAAAAUCUCAAAGAUCCCCUCCAGCUCCUUAGAGGGAAUGCUCAACCUCACCACCCUGCACCUCCAGGUCAACAGCAUAGAGGACGUUGGAGGUGUGUUCAAAGGAUUGAAGUCCCUGACCCUGCUGGACAUGAGGAAAAACAAGUUGAGGAAAAUCCCCGACAACCUCCCCGAGAAGCUGCAGCAGCUCUACCUGGAGUUUAACGGCAUUGAGAGUGUGCCAGCAGGAUUUCUCACCACGUAUCCCAAACUGCGAUUUGUCCGGUUGGCUCACAACAAGCUGACUGAUAAAGGACUUCCACCCAAUGUCUUCAACAUCAGCACACUGCUGGAGCUCGACCUGUCCUUCAAUAAACUGGAGAAGAUUCCCGCGGUCAGUCGGAAUCUGGAAAACCUUUACCUACAUGCCAAUAAGAUCAAAGAGUUCUCCCUGAGCAGUUUCUGCAGCACUAUUGACAUGGAAAACUUCUCCAGGCUGAAAAUGCUGCGUCUGGAUGCCAAUGGAAUCAGCGCCAAAGACAUUCCAGCCGAGGCUGCCUACUGUUUGCGGCGCGUUGCCUUCAUUGAUGUGUAG